CGAGGCGCCCGCGGACGCAGUAAGUCAGGCGGCAGCCGGGGCCCAGGCGCCGAGUUCCGUUUCCUCCGCCGUCGCCACCGCCGCGGACCCCGGGGCUUCGGACCAGCUGCUGAGGCGCUGUGUGUUAUUCUUGGAAAAUUUCGCACCACUUGUGAAUUCCUUGAACCUGGGCAUUGCAAACCCACUUCUUUUGGGCCCAUCUCCUUUGCACUUUGCUCAGAUUAAGACUCAGUUGGCUCUUCAGCAGCUGAAUGCCGUUGCCGCACAUAGUUCAGCACCACCUUAUACUUUGUUAAAUCAGGCUUUCUUGAAAAUAGCCAUGUCGAGACCCAGGUUUAAUCCUCGAGGGAACUUUCCACUGCAGAGGCCUCGAGCGCCUAACCCUUCUGGGAUAAGGCCUCCAGGACCAUUUAUGAGGCCUGGAUCUUUGGGUCUUCCAAGAUUUUACCCAGCAGGGAGAGCCCGUGGAAUUCCACACAGAUUUGCUGGCCACGAAUCGUAUCAGAACAUUGGACCACAGAGAAUGAAUGUUCAGGUAACUCAACAUAGAACUGAUCCAAGGUUGACCAAAGAAAAGUUGGAUUUUCACGAAGCACAACAGAAGAAGGGGAAGCCUCAUGGCAGCCGGUGGGACGAUGACGCUAAUCUGUCUGCAUCGGAGGGAGUGAAACAGAGUUCUUUGACACCAGUUACGGAACAGAGUCCCAAAGUGCAGAGCCGCUAUACAAAAGAGAGUGCCUCAAGUAUCUUAGCAAGUUUUGGAUUAUCCAAUGAAGAUUUAGAAGAACUGAGUCGCUAUCCUGAUGAACAGCUAACACCUGAAAACAUGCCAUUAAUUUUAAGGGAUAUAAGAAUGCGAAAAAUGGGACGCCGGUUACCUAAUUUACCUUCUCAGAGCAGAAACAAAGAAACCCUCGGCAGUGAAUCGGUUUCAAGUAAUGUGAUUGAUUAUGGGCAUGCAAGCAAAUAUGGCUACACAGAAGAUCCGCUUGAAGUACGUAUUUAUGAUCCUGAAAUUCCAACUGAUGAAGUCAAGAAUGAAUUUCAAUCACAGCAGAAUAUUUCUUCAUCUGUUCCUACUCCAAAUGUGAUCUGUAAUUCUAUGUUUCCUGUUGAAGAUGUAUUUCGACCCUUGGACUUUUCCAGUGAGUCCAAUAAAAAGUCCUUUUUCUCAGCUGAGAGUGCAACCAACAAGAUGUCAGGUUUACACGUUUCUGGAGGACACUCAGUCCUUGAACCUGUAAAGUCUGUCAGCCAAUCCAUUAGCCAAUCAGUUAAUCAGACAAUAAGUCAGUCCUUGAUUCCUCCAUCUAUAAAUCAGCCAUUUUCAUCAAAGGUAAUUUCAUCUGUAAGCCAUCAAGAUAGAAUUCCUCGUGAACCUGUGUCUAAUUCAUCUAGUGUACUUGGAUCUUCAGGAGGAAGUAAAAAGAAUUACCGAUCUGAGACUGACAAUACAUUUCGUUCUCCAUUUGGGAUUGUGAAAGCAUCAUGGCUACCAAAGUUUUCACAGACUGAUACCCAGAAGAUGAAGAGACUUCCUACUCCUUCUAUGAUGAAUGAUUACUAUGCAGCAUCUCCAAGAAUAUUUCCACAUUUGUGUUCUCUGUGUAACGUAGAAUGUAGUCACUUGAAGGAUUGGAUUCAGCAUCAAAAUACAUCUACUCAUAUUGAGAGCUGCCGACAAUUACGUCAACAGUAUCCUGAUUGGAAUCCUGAGAUUCUCCCAUCAAGAAGAAAUGAAGGCAAUAGAAAAGAAAAUGAAACUCCAAGAAGACGUUCCCAUUCUCCUAGUCCUAGACGGUCCAGGAGAUCAAGUUCAGGUCACAGAUUCCGAGAAUCUCGAAGUCCAGUUCAUUACACGUAUAGACCAAGAAGUCGAAGUCCAAGAAUUUGCCAUCGUUAUAUUUCUAGAUACAGGUCCAGAUCCCGCUCACCACAUCGAGCAAGAAUUCCAUAUAGAGGCAGUCCAAAAUACAACCGAUCAGUUAGUCCUGAAAGGACAGUAAGGAGAUCAGUGAGAUCAUCAGAUAGAAAAAAAGCAUUGGAAGAUGUAGUACAACGAUCUGGACAUGGGACAGAACCCAGUAAACAGAAGCAUCUCGAAGCAGAUAAAGGACACUCACCAGUGUUAAAGCCUAAAAGUAGCAGUGGAUCAAAGCCAUCAACUAAAUUGACAAGCUCUACAAAGAGUGAUUCAAAUUUAGCACAUUCUACUCGUUAUAAAUCAAAGAAUCUUGAAGAUGAAUCCUUACCAGAAUGUAAACAGGUGUCUGAUAAAACAGUUUCUCUUCAGCGUAAGCUUCGGAAAGAUCAGUCUUCAAAUUAUAGUUCAGUUCUUCUUAUAUCUGAAUUACCAGAGGAUGGCUGUAUUGAAGAUGAUAUUAGGAAAAUAUUUCAACCAUUUGGAAAAGUUAAUGACGUUCUUAUUGUUCCAUAUAGAAAGGAGGCUUACUUGGAAAUGGAAUUUAAAGAGGCAGUUACUGCAGUCAUGAAGCACAUUGAAACAACACCUCUUCUGAUAAAUGGGAAAAGUGUUAAUGUUAAAGUAUGUGUUCCAGGAAAGAAAAAAGUCCAGAACAAAGAGUUGAAAAAGAAGACAUCAGAUCCAAAGAAAACACUUGUAUCUACUUUAAAAAAAGAUUCAGAUUCUUCCAAAGCCACUGAAACUGUGACUUCUGCUAUCAAAACUGGACAAGCAAAGAUAUCUACAGUCAAAGUGAAUAAAUCUUCAGCAAAAUCUAGUGGAAAGAAGUCUCUAGAAGUCAAAAAGAGUGGUGUUGGCAAAAACAAAGAUACCAGCAAACCUAUGAACAUGCAAGAAACCUCUGAAUUAAACAGCGGAAUGGAAAUCAAAGUUACUGAAAAUACUUCAAAUGAAACUAUUUCAGAAACUGUUUUGGAUGCCACAGAAAAUGUACCAGUUAACAAGGAAAUGGAAGAAAUUUGUGUGUUAUUUAUUUCUAAUUUACCUAAUAAAGGAUAUUCUACAGAAGAAAUUUGCAACCUAGUAAAACCAUUCGGUAGCUUUAAGGAUAUUUUGAUUUUGCCAUCUCAUAAAAAGGUAUUGAUUGAGAUAAGUAAGAAGUCUGCAGAUUCUAUGGUAAACUUUUAUACCUGUUUCCCAAUAUCAAUGGAUGGAAAUCAACUUUCAAUAAGAAUGGCUCCAGAAAAUACGAACAUAAAAGAUGAGGAAGCUAUAUUCACAAUGUUGAUUAAAGAAAAAGACCCAUUGGUAAAUAUGGAUGGCAUUUACAAUAGAUUUGUACAUCUUGGUAAUUUGCCAGAAGAUGGACUGCAGUGCGUACUUUGUGUUGGACUUCAAUUUGGGAAAGUCAUACAUCAUGUAUUCAUGAGUAAUAAAAACAAGGCAAUUCUUCAGCUAGAUAGUCCUGAAUCUGCUUUGUCAAUGUACAGCUUUCUGAAACAGAAUCCACAGAACAUCGGCGACCAUGUAUUGACCUGCACAUUAUCUCCAAAAGUAAAUGCAUUAGAGGUUCAAACAGAGAAACACCCAGAACCAAGAAAAGAAAGCCCUGACUUGAAAAACAGUCCAGUUGAUGAAAGUGAGGUGCAAACAGCAACUGAUAGUCCCUCUGUUAAACCUAGUGAAAUUGAAGAAGAAAUUCUUUCCAGCAUUCAAACAGAAACUUGUGUACAACCAGAAGAGCCUGGAGAGGAAGAACCUGAAAAUGCACUCUGUGACUCUGACUUUAUGAUAGAAACAUUGGAAGUUGAGACUCAGGAAGCGAUCAAAGUGGAAAUUCCUCUUGUAGCAUCAACUCCAGCCAAUCUUGAAUUAUUCCCUGAGAACAUAGAGGAAUCAGUUUUAAAUCAGCAAGUGUAUACCAGUGACUUUCAUACAGAAGCGGCAGAAAUUAUUAAUCCUGAAACAGAAUUAUCGAUUUCUGAAGGUGCAUUUAUAGAAGAAAGGGGCAUCAAAGGAAUUCUAGAAGAAGCUUCAUCUGAAGCAGCUGAUUUUUUCUCUGGGAUUACACAUUCUAUGAUCGAAGUUGUAGCUGACAUAGACAAAUAUCAACCUGCUUCAGAAGUUACACCGUCUAGUGUUUCGGCAUUAAUAUCAGGAAUUUCCAAUGGAAAUGAGAAGGUAGUGACCAAAACGGCUAUUUCUGAAAAAAGUUCCGUGGAUGAAAAGGAGGAGAAUGAAUUUAAUGCAAAGGAAACCAGAAUGGAUCUGCAAAUAAUAACAGAAAAUGAUGAAAACAAUUAUGCUAAGGCAGUUGCAGAUGAAUUGGAAAAGACUAUGACAGCAAUGAAAGAAAAGCCUGCAGAAAACAUUGUGAACAAGGCAUGCCCAAAUAAAGGAAUAAGUCAAGCAAAUAAGUCUGAUGAAACUGGUAAAACUAGUAUGCUGCCUGCAUCAAAUAUAUCUGGUGGUAAAACAAGUAUUAAGGCCAGAACGGUCUCUUCUCCAAAGGCAAAAGCGACUGCUACAAAGUCUGAAAACCAAAAAGAUUCCCUAAGAUCUGUUCUUGGAGAUCAAAUAAAUGCCAAGGAAGUGGCGUCACUUAAAUCUUCAAGUACCAAGUCAGGCUUGACUGAAAGCGUCAGUAAAUUAAGACCUGCUCAGAGUGCUCUUUCCAAAGGAAGCAGUGGAAGGAUACCAGCCUUUCAAGGCAAGGAUUCUAAACUGGAUUACAGGGAUAUAACAAAACAGUCUCAGGAAACACAGGCUAGACCUCUCUUCAUGAAACGGGAAGACAGCAACAAUAAGACUUUCACUGGGCAAAACAGUAAGACACCUAAAAGCUCCACUAGUAGAAGCUCCAAAUCUAAUGAGGAACUGCUAUUAUUUUCAUUUAAUUUGGAUGAACUUGUUAUUGUGGAUGAGGUUAUCGAAGAUGUGAACCCUUUUCAAACCAAGCAGAAUCCACUAAAGGCAAAAAGAAAGGAAAUUCUCAAGAAUGCCACUUCUGAACCUAACAUAAAGAAGAAGGAGAAAACUGCUUCUCAUGUUGCUGAAGGAGAGUUAUCUUUUGUAACCUUGGAUGAAAUAGGGGAAGAAGAGGAUGCAGCUGCACAUCUACCACAGACGCUAGUCACUGUGGAUGAAGUCAUUGAUGAGGAAGAAAUAAAUAUGGAAGAAAUGGUAAAAAAUUCAAAUUCACUUCUUACAUUAGAUGAGUUAAUUGAUCAAGAUGAUGGCAUUUCCCAUAGUGAACCUAAAGAUGUUACUGUACUGUCAGUGGCUGAAGAACAAGAUCUUCUUAAACAAGAGCGCUUGGUAACUGUGGAUGAGAUUGGAGAAGUAGAAGAGAUACCUUUAAAUGAUUCGGCAGACCUGAGUUUUACUUUAAAUACUAAAGUGGACAAGGAAAAUACUGGAAGGGAUGAUAUUCGGUUCAUUUCUUCUCAGAUGCCUGAAGACCCUUCUACCUUAGUUACUGUAGAUGAAAUACAAGACGACAGCAGUGAUUUGCAUUUAGUGACUUUGGAUGAAGUAACUGAAGAGGAUGAAGAUUCGCUGGUGGAUUUUAACAAUCUUAAAGAAGAGCUUAAUUUUGUUACUGUUGAUGAAGUUGGAGAGGAGGAAGAUAUAGAUAAUGAUUUAAAAAUAGAAUUAGCACAAAACAAAAAUGACCAUUCUGCGGAUAAAAGAGAGAGAAAAAGGAGAGUUAUGGAUACAAAGAAAACAAGACUUGAAGCCUUGUCCCAAGUGGGUCAAAUAAGUGAGAAUUUUAUGGCUGAAGAUCUGGAAAACAUGAUUGAGAGACAUUUAGCAGUUGAUGAAGAUGAAUCUGAAUCAAGGGAUUCAGAGCCUGAACGAAAACGCCAGAAAACUGAAGAAACGGACUCUCCUUUAGGAACAUCAGUGACAUCUGACGUCCCUGAAGAUUUAGACUUUCUUGUACCGAAGGCUGGAUUCUUCUGCCCAAUUUGUUCCCUUUUCUACUCAGGUGAAAAAGCAAUGACAAAUCACUGCAAGAGUACACGUCAUAAACAAAAUACAGAGAAGUUCAUGGCCAAGCAAAGAAAGGAAAAGGAGCAGAAUGAGACUGAAGAAAGAAGCUCUAGGUGAUUGGGGGAAAGGGAAAAUAAUUCAUUAGAAAUUCACUUAGGGUCCAGUUGAUUUGUGUAUUUUUGUUAUCAUUUAAUUUGUAAUUUUUGUUUCAGAAGCAAAUAUUCAUGUUGUAUAAAUUUCUGAUUGCUCUGGAUGUAGAGACAGAUGGGGAAAGUAUGAUGGGUUUGAUUUUUAUAUCAAAUCAUCAGGCAUGGAGAAAUAUCUUUUAGAAGUGUUAAAAUAAAUGUUCCUACUGCAUAUUUAAAAUA